AUGGUCGAUAUACCAAAACUAGAAAACGAUGCACGACAACAUGCUUCUAAAGCUGUUGAAUUAGAUCGUGUCGGAAAUAUUGAAGAAGCAAUAUUUUAUUAUGUUGAAGCAGCUCAAUCAUUAAUAAGUGUUCGUGAAAUUCAACAACAAUCAAAUUCACAAAUUAAAUCAUCCUUACCCAAUUUAAAUAAACUAAUUGAAGAUUAUAUUAAACGUGCUGAACAGUUGAAAGCUGAUGUACGCCAGAACCCAAUAAAAAGUCUUCAUUUAAAAGAUAAAUCGGAGAAGAAUGUUGAACGUGCAAGAUAUCUGUUAACACAGGGACUUGAUAAAGAUGAAAGUGGAGAAAUCGAUGUAGCAUUUAAAUUGUAUGAAGAAGCUGUUACACUAUGUUUAAACGAAAAGAAAACAUGUGAUAAUAUACCAUUGAAAGAUCAAUUGGAUAAGAUUGCACGAUCGGCAUUGGAACGAGCUGAAGAAAUAAAAAAAAAAUUAAAACUUGAUUUAAAAACAUUAAGAUUACCUUCACCACCGAGAGAUAAAAUCAUCGAUGAUGAACAACAACAACCGUUGGAUAUUGAUCAACAAAAUAUUAAUAUUGUUGACAAACGAGCAAAAUUAUCAGCGCAUGAAUUAGUUGUAUUACGACGUGGUUCAAAAAUAAAUGGACGAGAUUAUGUACCAUUUUUUGCUAUUGAUUUGAAGGAACGUUUUGCUUUUCAAACUCCAUUUCAAGACACUGCUGGCUAUCUAAAAUUAGGUAUAGUUAUCGUAUUAUGA